AUGACCACCAGGCGGCAGCACAAGGCAGCAUUUACUGCACUCAAGCCCGGGAAACGUCCCAGCGUUCUGAAAUCCCAAGUCCCGACAGAUCCACAGCGGCUGGAACAGGAGGGGAAGCUCUUCCCAGCCUCUCCGGGAGCGAGGAGGGCUCCCAGCGUCUUUCAGAGAGUCCCAGGGGAGAGGCGGGCUGAGGCGCAGCACUGGGAACAAAGACCCAAGGAAGGGUCCGGCGGAGCGCAGCUCCCCGGGGGCCGGGGCGAGGGCCGCCCACCCGUCUGCUCCUCCCUCUCCUCCCUCGCUUCCACCCGGAGGCCCGUCGCGCAGCCAGAGCUGCGCCAACUUCGCCAACGUUUCCCAAGUUGCUGGGGCGCAGGGGUGGGAGCUGGGUGGGGUGAGGAAGAAGAGGAGGAGGAGGAGCAGGGCUCCCCAGGCGCCUUGGACGCGGUUCAGGAAUCUGCCGCCGCUGCCGGCCGCUCGCCGACUCCGGCCGAGCGGGGAGGGAGCCAGGCAGGACCGCUUGCUCGCUGCGCAGGACGGCGCCCGCCUGGCGCCGCUUUCCGCCCGGCGUGCGAACCGGCGGGGCCGCGCCUCCUUUCCUCCCCGCUGCUGUCCCCCCGGGGGCGGCGCGCCGAGCCGGGGCCACGAGGGCACUGGAGGCCCAGAGCCGCUUCUGCCUGGUCCUGCCGGGAGGAGGGCAAAGUUGCGGGCGGAUGCUGCCGGCGCCGGACCCUAGCCUCGGAGAAUCGGAUCCGCCCCCGCUGGAGGAGGCUCCGUGGCGGGAGAUCGACCUUUUCAAACACGGCGCUCCAGGCAGUGACUUCCAGUUGA